UGUCCCCUCCCACACCUUGAAAUACCGAAACGCACCCGUUUUGCCAAACUUCUCUCUCCCCGAUAUUUGUUUCUGUUUUUGUUUUUCUUCAACGGCCGACCGGUGCUAAGGUACCAAGCAGAGGCGUUUCCCUCCUCUUUUCUCUCGUUUCCUUGGAUCUCACUCUUCCACUUCCUCUUCCCCCCGAUCGAUCUGGGUUUGCUUCUCGACUUUGGUGGUAAUUUUCAAUGGCUGCUCCACCUGCUAGAGCUCGGGCCGAUUAUGAUUACCUCAUAAAGCUCCUCCUGAUCGGCGACAGCGGUGUGGGUAAGAGUUGCCUUCUUUUGCGUUUCUCUGAUGGAUCAUUUACUACCAGUUUUAUUACGACAAUUGGAAUUGAUUUUAAGAUAAGGACAAUAGAGCUUGACGGCAAACGAAUUAAACUUCAAAUUUGGGAUACUGCUGGUCAAGAGCGUUUUCGAACGAUUACGACUGCUUACUAUCGUGGAGCCAUGGGUAUUUUGCUAGUUUAUGAUGUCACAGAUGAGUCAUCUUUUAACAACAUUAGGAAUUGGAUUCGUAACAUUGAACAGCAUGCUUCUGACAAUGUCAACAAGAUACUGAUUGGUAACAAGGCUGACAUGGAUGAAAGCAAAAGGGCGGUUCCUACCUCAAAGGGCCAAGCUCUCGCUGAUGAAUAUGGCAUCAAGUUCUUUGAGACCAGUGCAAAGACAAAUUUGAACGUGGAAGAGGUCUUCUUUUCAAUAGCUAGGGAUAUUAAGCAAAGACUGGCAGAUACUGACUCAAGGGCUGAGCCACAGACAAUUAAGAUUAACCAACCAGACGCAUCAGCAGGGGCUGCUCAAUCUGCCCAAAAAUCAGCUUGCUGUGGAUCCUAAACGUAUGGGUGUUCAAAUGGGGAUCACAAGUAUACUUUUAAGACAACCAAUUUGAUGGGAAAAACCUAAUUUUGCUAUGACUAUCUUUGGUGCCUGUAUUGCUCUAUUUAUUUCAUCAUCACUAAGUUGGGCGUGAAUGCUGAAUGGUAGAUCUAUGACUUUUCCGAAAUCAAUUAUAUAUUAGUUCAUUUCUCAA